UAAUUCAAGUAUUAUAGGUAAUUAGGGUUCUUUAAGUACAUCAAGAAAAAUAUAAUGCUCACAAAUGCUUUGAAUAGAAGGGAACUUGUUGAGAUUAUGCAUCACAGUGACAGAUCAUUCACUACAACUAAUAACACCUCCAUGGCCCACAUAACAAAAUAGUAAGCGGUAACUCAAUCAAUAGGUAUGCCAUCUACAUGGUCUUUGAGGUCUUGGUUUUCUUACUACUAACUUGUGUAUGUUUAAUUAUUAAAAUCACUACUUUUCUUUUCUUCUUUUUGUUCUAAUAGAUGUACAUAUAAUUUCAUAUUUUGACAGGUCCAAUACCAAGUGAAAUUGGUAACCUCCAGAAUCUCGAGUUUAUUACCACCUCAGAAAAUGGUUUUGUUGGCCCAAUUCCAUUCGAGAUCUUCAAUAUCUCAAUGAUACAAACUAUUUCAAUGGGGUUUAACAAAUUUUCAGGCCAUCUUCCAUCAGAUAUGGGCCUCUUCCUUCCAAAGCUCAAAAUACUCUAUCUUCCAGAAACUAAAUUGAGCGGAAGAAUUCCCAAUUCCAUCUCCAAUGCUUCACAGCUCACUCGCCUAGACUUGAGUCGUAACUCAUUGUCGGGCAUAAUUCCCGAAACAAUUGGUAAUUUAAGGUUCCUCGAGUUGCUCAACCUGGAAUUUAAUAAUUUGACCAUGGGAAGUCAAGAAUUGAGUCUUUUGAUCUUUUACUUAGCGAAUUGCAAAAAUCUUAGACAAAUAUCUUUUUCAUCAAAUCCGCUUCAUAACUUCCUUCCCAAUUCUGUUGGUAACCUUUCUCUCUCUCUUCAAGGACUUUACCUAUCUUAUUGCCAUAUUAAGGGAAGCAUUCCGGCAGAGCUUGGGAAUCUAAGUAGUUUGAUUACUUUGGAACUAUCCAACAACGAAUUGAAAGGACCUAUUCCAACUACAUUAGGAAGAUUGCGAAUGUUACAAGCUUUGUCCCUUGGAGAUAAUAAACUAGAGGGUCAUAUCCCGUCUGAUCUUUCUCAUCUAAAGAGCUUGUAUGUCUUGUCUCUAGAUAGCAAUAAGCUUUAUGGACAUAUUCCAACAUGCAUAAGCAAUCUAACUUCCCUAAGAUCUCUCUACUUAGGUUUCAACCAAUUAACUUCCACAAUUCCUUUGAACUUUUGGAGCCUUACAAAUCUCUUGGAGGUUGACUUGUCAUCCAAUUUGUUAACUGGCAUACUUUCAUUAGAGAUUGGAGAUAUGAAAGUCCUAAGGAAAUUGAAUCUAUCAAGAAAUCAACUAUCAGGGAAUAUCCCAAUAACAAUUGGUGGCCUCAUAGAUCUAACUAGUCUCUCUUUAGCAGUCAACCAACUAGAAGGUUCAAUUCCAGAGUCUUUUGGUGCACUCUUAAGCUUGGAGAUCUUAGAUAUUUCCUGCAAUAAUUUAUCUGGAAGAAUUCCCAAGUCCUUUGAAGCACUUUUGUACUUGAAGUAUCUAAAUGUCUCUUUCAAUAAUCUACGAGGGAAAAUUCCUACAGGAGGGCCAUUUGUACACUUCUGGUCUGCUUUGUUUAUCUCAAAUGAUGCGCUUUGUGGUGCUCCUCGAUUACAAGUUCCUCCAUGCAACGAAGGUUCUCCUCGUAGAAAAAAGGCCAUAGUAUCGAAUCUACUAAAGUAUUUAUUACCAACAAUUGGGUUAGUGAUGCUUAUAGUGGUUUCUUCAUUAGCCUAUAAAAUAUGUAAAAAAGAGAAUCCUAAGUUUUCACAACAGACAGAUUCAUACAAUUUACCUACAUGGAGAAGAAUUUCUCACCAAGAACUUGUACUAGCAACAGAAAGAUUCAGUUUAAACAACUUACUUGGUGAAGGGAGUCUUGGAUCAGUAUACAAGGGAACACUUACAGAUGGGAUGAAUAUUGCUGUAAAAGUUAUAAACUUGCGAGUAGAAGGGGCACUUAAGUGUUUUGAUGUAGAGUGCGAGGUAUUACGGAAUGCUAGUCAUCGCAAUUUGGUCAAAAUCAUUAGCGUUUGUAGCAACAUGGACUUCAAGGCCCUUGUAUUGGAAUACAUGCCAAAUGAGAACUUAGAGAAGUGGUUAUACUCUCAUGAUCGUUGUUUGAAUUUCUUACAAAGGUUGAAGAUAAUGAUUGAUGUCGCAUCAGCAUUGGAAUACCUUCAUUAUGGUUACUCAGCAGUUAUUGUUCAUUCUGAUUUGAAGCCAAGCAAUGUCUUAUUAGACGUGGAUAUGGUUGCACAUGUUGCUGAUUUUGGCAUCGCCAAACUCUUAGGUGAUGAGGAUUCUAUGAUGCAGACCAUGACUCUUGCUACUUUCGGGUAUAUGGCACCAGAGUAUGGAUUAGGAGGAGUUUACAAUCAUACCAUUUCUAUAAAAAUGAAAAAGUUUGAGGAAAUAAGGAUAAAAGGUGAUGUGUCUAAAUCUAAUGACUCAGAUUAUUCUUCUAACGAGGACGGGAGUCUUGGAUCAGUAUACAAGGGAACACUUUUAGAUGGGAUGGAUAUUGCUGUAAAAGUUAUAAAGUUGCUUGUAGAAUGGGCACUUAACUGUUUUGAUGCAGAGUGCGAGAUAAUGAUUAAUGUCGCAUCAGCAUUGGAAUACCUUCAUUAUGGUUACUUAGCAGUUAUUGUUCAUUAUGACUUCAAGCCAAGCAACGUUUUAUUAGAUGUGGAUAUGGUUGCACAUGUUGUUAAUUUUGGCAUCGCCAAACUCUUAGGUGAUGCGGAUUCUACGAUGCAGACCAUGACUCUUGCUACUAUGGGGUAUAUGGCACCAGAGUGUGGACUAGGAGGAGUUGUUUCUACAAAAGGAGAUGUGUAUAGUUAUGGCAUUCUACUCAUUGAGACUUUUACAAGAAAAAAACCUACAGAUGACAUGUUUGUACGAGAAAUGAGCUUGAAGCAUUGGGUAAAUGAAGCAUUGCCUAUUUCAACGAUUGAUAUUGUUGAUGCCAAGUUGUUUGGAAACAAAAGAUAUUCUAUUGCCUUGGAGGAGUGCAUAUCUUCAAUUAUGAGAUUGGCUUUAGAGUGUUGUGCAGAGUUGCCUGAACAAAGAACUAACAUGAAAAUUGUUUUAGCCACAUUAAAGAAGAUCAGGACAAAGUCUUUAAGUGAUGUCGAAGGACAUUGA